AUGGAGGCCACUGCCUCUUCUGCUGCUUCUUCCCCCGGCUGGACAUGGGGUAUUGCAAACCCCAGCGCCUGGCCCCACGGCUUCGUCCUGCUGCUGGACGAGGCCAUUGCUUGCUGGACGAGGCCGUUGGCGGAGGAGCCUUGCUGGGACACCGUGCCGGCGGAGCCGGGGCACGGAGCAGCCUGCCGUGGCAGAGUGAGCCUGCGGGAUCAGCCCCGCUCGUUCUCCUCGGCCGUGCUGGUCGGCCUCUACCUCUUCGAACACUUUCCCGGUUUCAUGGUGGGUGUGGGGCUCUUCACCAACCUGGUCUACUUCGGUUUGCUGCAGACCUUCCCCUUCAUCGUGCUGACGUCCUCCAAUUUCAUACUGUCCUGCGCGCUGGUUAUAUUCAAUCACUACUUAGCGUUCCAGUACUUCGCUGAGGAGUAUUACCUGUUCUCUGAGGUUCUCGCCUACUUCACGUUCUGCCUGUGGUUAAUCCCUUUUGCUUUUUUCGUCUCUUUGUCGGCCGGAGAGAACGUCCUGCCUUCCACGGUGCAGCCCGGAGACGACGUGGUCUCCAACUACUUCACCAAGGGGAAGAGGGGCAAGCGCUCCGGUAUCCUCCUCAUCUUCUCUUUCAUCAAGGAGGCCAUCCUGCCCAGCCGACAGAAGAUUUACUGAGCCCCGCGUGCAGCCGGCGUCGGCUGCGGUGAAGGAGCGGGGCAGACCCGAACUGUGCAGAGGGCUGCGAGGCGGCACUGUCCCCAGGCCUCGCUCGAACCCUCCUCGAUGUCUCUCGAAGGGAUUUUGCUAGGAACGUAUAAACUGGGCGAUGGCCGGAGGCGCCGGCAGCACCGGACAGACGUGCGGGGAGGGCUCGCACCUUUUUAUACAGCUCUGCUGAUCCCCCGGGACCGUGUGCAAGAAGGAUGUUUGGCUCCAGCUGGGCGCGAGGAGGGUCCGGCCUCCCGGCGCUGCCCACCCUGCUCGGGGACCUGGGAGGCGUUGUCGUCUGCCGGGGUUUAAAGCCAGGAGUUUGCGCGUGGUGUAGUUUGGCUGCAGACGUUCCCUCGGUGUGGCAGCAGAACGCGCUUGACGUUUAACUGAGGUUUACACAGAGCCACUGAUUAACAAAAAA